GAAAUGUGAUCGACAGAUCAGGCUUCAUUAGAUCGGGAGAGGCGGGGAGAGGACGGUGUCUCUCUUGAGCACGUCGCGCUCGGCUCCACUCCCAGAUGCUUCAGCUCGAGUGGGUUUCGUUUGCAGUUCUCAGUAGUCGGCGAUUUGUACCGCCGAUACGGACCCCCAGUUUCCAGCAGAUUGUCUCCUGUCUCUUUUCACCCAUUCGCACUGCUGAUUCUUCGGACUUUCGGGAUCAGUCAGGCAAGGCGCAGUCCAGGGGCCUUAGAUGACGCAGUUCACAGCUUUUGGUGCUCCUGACAAGUAAACCCUGUGUCUGCUUCUGACGAGUGUCGACUCGUGCUCCACUUUCUAGAAAAACAGCAUGCCACUUCAGAAAUGAAACAACUGACUCCAAGUGUUUGAAUGAGAAGAGAAAUAAUUAAAAUGGGAGUCAGUCACUCCAGCAAGCCUCCUGUUUUUGACCAAAAUGAAGAGGUUAAUUUUGAUCAUUUUCAAAUUUUGCGAGCAAUUGGGAAAGGAAGUUUCGGCAAGGUUUGCAUAGUGCAGAAAAAAGACACAAAGAAAAUGUAUGCCAUGAAAUACAUGAACAAGCAGAAGUGCAUAGAACGCAAUGAAGUGAGGAAUGUCCUGAAGGAGCUGCAAAUCAUGCAAAGCCUGGAACACCCUUAUCUGGUCAACUUAUGGUUUGCCUUUCAGGAUGUCGAAGACAUGUUUAUGGUUGUUGACCUGCUGCUUGGAGGAGAUUUAAGAUAUCACCUGCAACAAAAUGUUCACUUCACAGAAACAACUGUCAAACUGUAUAUUUCUGAGAUUGCCCUGGCUCUUGGCUACCUGCGAAGCAAGCACAUCAUUCACAGGGAUAUUAAACCAGACAACAUACUGCUUGAUGAGGAUGGUCAUGUGCACAUCACCGAUUUCAACAUUGCUGCAACGAUCAAAGAAGAUACACAAAUGACUUCGGUGGCUGGCACCAAGCCCUACAUGGCUCCAGAAAUGUUUCAGCCAUGUCUUGAAGGCCAUCCUGGUUAUUCCUAUGCUGUGGACUGGUGGUCAUUGGGAAUCACUGCAUAUGAGCUGCUUAAAGGACAGAGACCUUACCAUAUCCGUUCAGGCAUGGCUGUCAAUGACAUCAUCCAGCUCUUUCACACUGUUAAUGUAAAUUACCCAUCAACAUGGUCUGCUGGAAUGGAGUCCCUCUUAAGAAAGUUGCUGAUGCUUGAGCCACAACAUCGUCUUUCACACCUUUCAGACCUCCAAGAGUUUAACUACCUCUCUGACAUCAACUGGGAUGCAGUGAUGCUGAAGAAGGUGGCUCCAGGAUUUAUGCCUAAUAAAGGGCGACUAAACUGUGAUCCCACCUUUGAACUCGAGGAGAUGAUUCUGGAAUCCAAGCCUCUUCACAAGAAGAAAAAAAGACUGGCGAAAAAAUUAAGAGAAAACCGACGAGACAGCUCCCCUCAGAGUGGACAGAUGCAGCGCCGCCUAGAAUCCGUCCAAAAUGAAUUCACAAUCUUCAACCGAGAGAAAUUAAGAACAUGUCAAGAUCAAAAGGAAGAAAAUGACAACAGCACAGAUGAGAAAGAGAAAAUUGAAGAAACCGAAGAUGGAAAAAACAACAAUAUAGUUCUUCCCACGUAUGUUUAGGGAAAAUUCUUGAAUCUAUGGUGUAUAAAAUUACCAAUUUACACCCACCCACCCACACAGCCAAGCCCACCUAUAUGUUUAAGUGUUCACCCGGUGAGCCUGUUGCAGUACAGUGGCCGCCUCGUCCAAAGGGUCACAGUGAUGCUCAGCUUCAGAACGUCUUUAGUUUAGUCUGGUUAGGUUGAGUGUGUGUUUGGUCUACGUGGGGCUAACAAGUCUGUUAAUGUACAAGAAGUGAAAACAAUUAAGCACAAAUGGACCUUUCUUGCCUUGUAUAACAUUUGGCUCAGCUCUCUGCUCGUUUGUUGGUAUGUAUUUUGCGUCCCACUAGUGCCAUACAGGCUGCCUGCCCCCUUGUUUAGUUUGUCCUCCUACUGAGCGGUAGGCUAGCGCUGGUAACAAACCCUCACCAUCUUGUAGGGCAAAGGACUACUUGAGCAGUGGGAAUCUAUACAUUUAUUUUUGAAGAAUGCAGCCUAAAAUCAUAAUGAUUGCACAUUGUAUUCCAUCUACAAAUCUACACUGUUGUAUCGAUAAGAUUUAUAGCGCAUUAUUUCUAAAAGUGGUAACUUGUAGUGGGUGCCGGAGGAUAGUGGGAUGCAGUUGUAAAUUUAAAAAAUCCUAACAAAUACACAAUUAAGAGAGAAGCUGAGAAGUGUCCGGUUCAGAUCCUGGUGGGUGUGCAGGAUGUCAUUCCACCUCCACCUUUGAUGCUUUAACAUCUUCUCAUUGCUCAGACAGACUUUGUGUUUUGUAGUUCUAUAGCCACUCUAUGGCGUGUUUUGCAUUUUUAAGAAAUCUGCCAAAGAUACAUCUUGGUUUUUGUGUUCGCCUUAACAGUGAGUUUGCAUUAUUUUCUCCCUUUGGACGAUACGUUAUCAUGAGAUAGUGCUUUUGUCUGGGAGAGUUGAGUUACUAUGGAGGUCCCCAGUGCCUGAAUCAUCCGUCCACCCAGAAGUCUGGUCUGGCACUACCAUGGGACACUGCAGACAUGACAGACACCCUUGUCUCAUAGAGUUUUCAUAAACUGCUAUUAUAUUUUUCAAGGUUUGUAAAUAGUCGCUUCACAACUGUAUGUAUUCUAUUUAGUAAUUUGUUAUAACUGACAUAGCGGUGUAAAUAUCUCUUUAGAGUAUUUCAGUACAGCUGUAUUUAUAGGUUUAUAUAUGAUAAUAUGAAAUAAAAUCAUUUGCCUUCACAUGCA